UAGGUCGAGGUGGGAGGGGGGGGGGGCUUAGACUAAUAACGCCGUGUUAUAAGCAACUGCAACACGGAUAAGCGAGUGAUAUUUGUGCUGAAAGCCUUAAUGAAAACGGGAGUCAGCUGGAUACGUCGCUAUGGAAACCAGAACAAUGAUGCUGACUGUAGUAGUACUGGCGAUGGUAGGACUCGCUUGUGCCUCUCCAGUAUCACAGGCAGAAAAAGAGGGAGCCUUCUUCACAAACGAGGCUAUCAGACAAGCACAGAACACAUACCUGAUUCCUAAGGAUGCGACUAUCCAGAAGGUUCAGGAAGGAAUCCAGUUGGCGGCCUACGAGUCCAUCCCUGGAAACCAGCGGAUCAACCUCUUCGAGAUCCUGGGGGAACACGUGCCUCCUGAGGUAGUGAACAAUCUACAAGCACAAGUGGACCAAGUUGGCAAACAGUAGUGGUUUUAUUGUUACCAGGGGCACAAAGGUUUUCUCUCAGAGCUUUCAAUUAAUGUUGAUGAAGUAACGGAUGGAUCUACAGGGUAAAUAAUUUCCCAUGCUAAGAAGUACGACUGCUCUAGAACAGUGUUUCUCAACAGGUCGGUCGCAAAGGUUGUUUCGGCUGGUUGAAAAUUACCACAAAGUUGGGUUUUCUGGGUUUUUCGACUUUGUCCAUCGUCCAAGGUUUAAAAUGUACACGACGUUUCGAUAACAGGAUCCGUUUUUGUCUUCAGGUGUUUGGGGCAGGGGCAACUACUCAGUUUAGUCCCAUAGAAAGAGCUUGUCUCAAUCACUGGACAGCCUGGGUCAGAACAGUACAAAGUCCAAGAAAUCCCCAAAAAACCCGACUAUGUCACACCCUCGUCAGAGCCCUACAGAAUCCUACCAUAAAGUUGUAAAAUGCAAAAUAAUAUUUACAGCAUAUGAUACAAAUUAAGCAGAUGGGGGUAGGAGUAUGUGAGUAGUCGUGGAUUUUUCAUCUUUUAUAAGGUAACAAGAGUGUUGAAAAACAUUGCCCUAGAGAAUUAUUAGUUUUAUCCUAAGUGUUUUAUUGUGGGUUCUGACAUCACAUACCAGCAGAGGCAGAGUAUGUAUGUCAGUGCUCGGGAUCAAAAGUUAGAAAUUUUUAACGUCCUCGGUAAAUUUUCACCAAACCACAAGAACUGUGUAAAAUAAGGUUUAGCAAGUAUUAAAUUAUUUUACCACCAACGUUAAGACGACACUUCAAAUUAUAAACAGAGAAGGCACAUGCUAAUAACGAUGUUGAAGAUGCAGGCAAAUAAGGAACGAACACGAACAGAUUUUCUAAUUAAUACUGGUGAUAUCCGCCAUUUUGACAAGGAAAAAUAAUUUAGUUUUCGACCCAAACAACGACUUACAUGCGUUGUUCAUUACUGUCUGUGUUUCUGUAAAAAAAAAACUGUAUCCUGAGCAUCAGAAUAAACAAUAUGUUUAUAAAUAAAUUA